UUAUUUUCCACUGAAGUUUUGGAAGCAUCGCAUGAACGCCUUUUCUUUCUAGUUUUUACUGGAAAGAAAAUGUAGUGAUCGUUUUUAGCCCAUUUGCAGUUUCUGGAGAAGAGCCCUGUCGUAGAUCGACAGCGUGACGAAAUACGCCCGUUUUAUCGGUUAGAAAAUCAAGUUGGUGCAAAAUGUCUCAGUUUUCUACGGUUUCAAGCGUCCUUGGACUGACUACUAGUAACCUAACCUAUACAACCGAGGAGGAUCAUUCUGAAGCUGUUGAGCAACAAGAGCAUAAUCAUCCAUAUCAUAUUUUGUUUAUAUUUGGAAGUUGCGGGUUCGGAGCCGUUCUUCGAAUAUUAUUACGAAAAUGGGCAACUUUUGUUGGCGAUUGGAAAUGGGGAAGUCUGAUGAAGUUGCCGUACACUGUGUUCUUGCUUAUUAUAGGAAUGGUGGUCGCAGCUAUUGGCGUGCAAUACCCUGAGGAAAUUCAACCAUGCCUUAUAAGGGAAAUGGAUCCAGAGUUGUUCCUUCACGUAUUUUUACCAGUCGUCAUUUUCGAAUCUGCCUACGUCAUAGACCAUCACGUUUUCUGGAGGUCGAUCGGCCACGUAAGCUUACUCUCCGUCCCCGGGUUGCUAAUGGCAACCGUGUUGACCGCCUUUCUCUCGCUGUGUAUUCCUGAGGUCGCAAACAUCGGCAACUUCGAAGUGAAGGUUUACGUUGCCCUUAUAUUCGGUUCUAUCAUCAGUGCUACAGACCCCGUGGCAGUGGUAGCUUUGUUAAAGGACUUAGGUGGUCAGAAAUACCUUGGAACCAUUAUUGAAGGAGAAGCUUUACUGAACGACGGUGCAGCCAUCGUCGUGUUUAAAAUAUUCCUUGAGCUGCUAAAGUCGAUGACUCCCUACUUCGAUAGUUUGACGACUUGGUCAACCAUUCUACUGGUCGUCCAGCAGUCUUUACUUGGACCAUUGAUCGGUUGGUUGGUGGCUCGCACUGGUAGCUUCAUCUUGCAGAAGAUUUACAAUGAUGCUUUAGCUGAGAUCACCGUCACCCUCAGUCUUACCUACAUUACGUUUUACGUGGGCGAAGUGUGCAAGACCUCGGGUGUGUUGGCAGUCGUCACACUUGGUUUAGCAUUAGACAGAGCUUCAAUUACUCCACAAGUCGACCACUUUUUGCACAGAUUCUGGGAGAUGCUCGCUUACUUGGCGAACACCCUUAUCUUCGUCAUUGUUGGGAUUAUCAUUAUUAACCAUAUGGAAGAAAUAACUUUUCUGGAUGUUGGCCAUCUUCUCAUCUUAUAUAUAGGGACCACCAUUAUUAGAGCUGUCAGCAUCUUCUGCUUCUUCCCAGCCAUGCAGAGGUUAGGAAUUGAUCUGAAUUGGCGUCAUGUCCUGGUUAUGACAUGGGGUGGUCUGCGUGGCGCUGUCGGGCUCACAUUGGCCAUCUACCUCAACAGCUACAUUGGAGCCCUCCAACCAUACGGAACAAGUUUUGGAUCGGUGAACCACGUACAUCAUAAACGUUCACUUGAUGACGGUCAUGACGACGGUCAUGACGACGGUCAUGAUGAUCUAGACGAUCUAGACCCUACAAAAGAUGUGGAAUUUGACAAGAUUUUUCAAAAGAUACUGAUGCACACUGGUGGGAUUGUGUUUCUGACUCUUUUCAUUAAUGCAAGUACCAUUGAAGCAGUGCUCAAGAAAUUAGGAAUGCUUGAUAUCACGAAUGCUCAACAAGUAAGCAUGCUGAACGCAGUGAAUCGAAUCCAAAACGACCUUAAACGCUCGGUUGGCGUGCUUAAGUAUGAUCGCUUCCUUGCUGAUGCUAAAUGGAGCAUGGUAGAAGAAAUGACAAUGGUCGAAUAUCCGUACAAGGAUUUACCUACGGCGGGGGCUGUAGCUGCUGGAGGUUCAGUGUCUCUUAAAGAUGAUGGAACGGAAGAGAAGCAGUUGCAGAUCAACUCUGCAAUGGACAGCACUUAUAAAGAUUUGUUAGAAGAGGCAAGACUACGAAUGAUCACUGCUCUUAAAAUGUCAUAUGGAAAGCAAUACAGCACCGGGAUGCUGACGGAUCAAGAGGCUCGUGUUCUUAUCGCAGCAGCCGAUACUGCAGCUGAUAAACCAGGAGAGUUUAUUAAUAUAAGCGUCAUCCGUAAGAGCUGGGAGGUGACGGGAAUUCUUCCGCAUAUUAAGGGAAAGUUGGAAGAUUGGAUGUAUAGCAGGAAAACUAACAGUCUCGUUCCACCAAGAAACCGUCAGCUUCGUAAGAUCUUCCGGCUUGUGACUGGAGCCAAGUUUGAGAUCAUGAUGCAAUGCAUUAUCAUCAUUAAUAUCGUUCCGAUUGUCUUGGACUUCAUGGUGGAUGAGACUUGGGAGAAUGUUGACAGCUGGUGGCUUGCAUUGCAGUUAACGAACGGAGUGUUUAUUCUCAUCUACUGCGCAGAGGUUGGCCUAAAGUUGGCUGGCCUGGGUAACAAGCAAUACAUUAAGAGUCGAUGGAACCAGUUUGAUGUUCUCAUUCUUAUCAUUUGCUUUGUGGAACUUAUAAUUGAUUUUGUGUUGGUCAGCGGGGGAAACACAGGAAAUCUUGUCAAGACAGUCAAGACUACCAAAGUUAUAAAGUUCGGCAAAGUUACAAAAACCAUCCGAAUGUUGAGAGCAACCCGUUUGCUUCGGUUGUCUAAGACUAUCAUGCCGAGGAUGGUGGAUUUUAUCAACAAACUUAUCAACAAAAAAUUGAGUUUUGGUUACAACGUGGGUAAGGGCUUCAUAACAGCUGAGGAAGAAGUGAACAAGCUUAUCGUCAGUAUUAGUGAAAAUAGUAAGAUACAAGCUAAGCUUAUGGAAGCUUCAGAUAAGAACAGAUUAGAAGUUACAAGAGAAAUGGGAUUGCUACAACGUGACCACCCUGGUAUUGCAAUCAGUGUCAAAACAAAGAACGCAGUGAGUACGAUUCUCAACCAUUCUCGCGAUGCCAUACACCAGCUGUGUGCAGGGGGAGUUUUAGACGAAAAUGAAAUGCAGUUGCUUGAAAGAGGAAUAGAGAUCAAACUGAAGAGACAAACCGACUUCCCAUCCACAGUUGCCCCUCCACCUCCCGAGGACUUGCUGGAAAAUGUCUUCUGGAUAAAAGACAACAACGAUCUACUUGAUUAUGUAAAACUGAAUGCUGUGUGUAUGGAUUAUGAUUAUGGUGACAUCAUAAUGCAGGAAGAUGACUUGGUCGAUGGCAUUCACAUCAUUGUAUACGGAAUGAUUAAGUUAUACGGUUCCUUACAUGGCCACAUACAACACUUAAGACUUGGAUCAGAAAACCACAAGCCUAUUGAAAUAGGAUCAAGUCAAGACCCUGAAACCGAAAAAGGCGAGGAGGAAGAAGAUUUUCUUGGAUCCGGGAAUAUCAUUGGAGAGAUUGGACUUCUUACUAAAUGUAACAGAACAUGCACCAUCACGUGCGAAACUGCUGUGCAGACUUACUUCAUUUCAACUGAAGACAUGGAGAAGGCAUUCAUUCAGUUCCCCGAUUUAAAACAAACCAUGUGGAAAGUUGUUGCCAUCAGAAUCUCUGCUCCUCUGUUUCUUGAAAACCUUGAGUACCAGGGCUUUGGUUUGGAACAAAUUCAUCUCCACCUUUCAAUGGGUUACAUCAAAGAGAUCACCCCAGCAAACCCAUUGAUACAUUUCACCGAUUCCAUUGUUGAAAUUGCGCUCAUCCAUGGCAGCAUGAAACCAAUCGGCACUGAAGAGAUUAACGCUCCUUUCCUUUUUCUUCCCGAGUAUAAAUCGCUUAAAUUAGGUGAUUGCGACUUUGCCAUCUUACUUAUUAUCCCUCGUGAUGAGAGAGCUUUGGAUCACGUUGACAGCGGGAUUAGAAUGCGACAUAGACCUUCACGCCAACCCUCUAUAGGAAUGAUCCCAACAUUAUUCUCUUCCCGAGAGUUGUAGAAAUCAUUCGUUAAAAUGAUCCAGUUUCUUCAAUCUAACUUAAUACACGAAUACAAGCACUUUGUUUU